AUGGAACACCAACCCCCCGAGCAAAAGCCCUUUGCCCAGAGACCCGUCGUAAUCCUGGGCGCAGGGAUCAUCGGUUGCGCAGCUGCCCGGCAAUUGUUGAGGAGUGGCUUUUCAGUAGUGCUGGUCGCCGAAUACCUGCCUGGGGACCAACAUGUUCAAUAUGCAUCAGCCUGGGCAGGAGCUGCAUGGCAUGCCGCUGGCGGUAUCACUCCUGACCACCGAUAUAUCCAAGCUGUCUCCCAUCGCAUAAUGCUCAGGAUGGCGCAGGAUGGGCCUGAGACCGGCGUCAGUGUUGUCAAUGCACGAGAAUAUCUAGAAAAGGAACCUGCUCCCGAUUCAGCUAUAUGGGGCAAGACAGUGGUUUCCAAGUUCCGUCAAAUGAAUCCUGGCGAAUACCCGGCCCAUUUUAAUAGCGCCUGGGCCUAUGAGACGCUGGUGACCGAUCCAACCAUACACAUGCCAUACCUGAGAAAGGAAAUCACAUCGCUUGGGGGUCGAUUUGUUCGACAGCAUGUCGACUCUCUACAACAGCUGUACGACAUGUUUCCCGGGUCGCGUGUCUUCCUCAACGCCAGCGGCUGGGGUAGCAAAAAUUUGACGGACGUAAAGGAUGAUAAUUGUUUCCCCGAGCGUGGGCAAAAUGUCUUGUUGGCCACUGACAAAUGCAACACAAUGUACUUCCGGAAUGGCCAGGAAUAUACCUAUGUGAUCCCUCGGCCAUUGUCCAAGGGAGUUGUACUGGGCGGAGUCAAGCAGCCAGGCAAUGUGUACGUGACCCCAGAGAGUCUGUGGAACGCCAAUCUGACAUCAUUCUGCAGGUCACCGGAGAUCGAUCUGAGUAUUGCGCAGGAUGAGAUUGCCCGCGUGCAUCAGUUAGCUCCCGAAAUUGUCCCCGAGCAUCCGGCUGCAGAUAGGAUCAGUCAUAUUGUCGGGAUCCGACCUUCUCGCAAAGAAGGCUUCCGUCUUGAUUCGGAGCGCAAAGGGGACCGUACGGUGGUGUCUGCGUAUGGAUUUGGUGGUGGUGGGUAUGCUUUCUCCUAUGGGAUUGCCGACGCCGUGGUUAAGAUGGUCGAAACGGCAGAGCGCGAAAAUGUCAUUGUCUAG